GUAUGACUGUCGGUAUCCCAGCAUCAGAAAGUCAAUGGGGAGCUUUGGCUAUUUGUCGUUGCUUGUAAGUCACUAAUUCCUACUUUCUUCUAACUUCAAGUAUGGAAAAAUUCCAACAAUAAACCACCUUCCUUGUACAUCUCGACGUUUCUCCCAAUCGGUUCAUAAAGGUGAUCUGCAGUCCAUUUGUUCCUCCCCACCGGCCUCCUCCGGUUGGUCCGAGGCUGAGCUUGAUUGGGUGGGCUGGGACCCUGACUCUACUAGCACCUGUCUCCUCUUGACCUCGGGAUACACCGCAACCAUUCAACUUUCUCCUACCAAUCCCUCUCGACUUUCAACCAAAUCGACAAUACUAGUCUGUCACGAAUUUGCAAUGCCGAUUCUUCGAAAUCCUUUCGCCAGACGCACCGAGGUGCAGACGGGUUCCCUAGCGCCAGAGGAUGGGGAGGGUCCAUUGUCGCCGACGGGCACACGACCGGCAUUUGAAAAGGUGGACACUAUGGGCUCGUACACAUCAGCCUCUACACAGAGCAUAGCUAGCAAGCGGAGUCAGGAACCGGUGGAGUAUAAAAUGAGUGGUAGGGCAUUCAAAUGGAAGGGAAAAAACGAAAUAAUUUGGUGGGCUGAUGUGUGAAAAUAGUUGUAAAUGAUAGUGGGGUUUACCUGCCCGUAAGUCUUGAUUCUUUUGCUUGGCAAUUCAUGAAGACUUCAGAAUCUAUUGAAGGACAAGAACCCUAGGUCUCUUCGUAAACAUUGGUUGAGGAACCGAGAGUUUGGUUUCUUUUCCGGGCUACGCGGGGCAAACUCUUUGAAACCGCCAACGUCCCCGACAACCACUUGUUAAACGUCAAAUAACAAACGAACUGACAGUAUUGAUAGCCGUCUCCUCCUGACAAAAAGAGCUUCUGGCCACGACGUUCAUCGGCAAACUCAAGAAAUAACAGCCAAUCUGAAAUCGAGCACUUCCCCAUAUCCCGGGAAUCAUUCGACUCCUACAGAAGAUCAUUUGUUCGUAUUUCAAACCCCCUCAUCCAAAGACCCUUCAUCUAAUCUAUCUAGGACAUCUCGGCAAAAUCGCCCGUCGUCCAACCAAGUCACUUCGGACGACAAAGUCUCGACUCAGCCCGAAUACCGCGAUUACCACAGCGCCGAUUCGAGCGGCAACCACCGACCGCCGAGGAAUUUGAAGAUGUAGGACUUAAUGAUGAGCAGAAACAACCGAAGAAAAAGGGCUUCUUUGCUAAAUUCGGGGACUCGGAUCCGCAGUCCCCGACGACGACUUCGAGGUUUCAUAUCACCGGCAGGAAGAGAGGACAAAGUGGGACAGGAGAGGAACUUGGAAAUAUGCCGAGACCCUCGACGGCGGAUUCCAUUUCAAAGGAUAUCAAAAUUACAGAGGAGGGUUGA